AUGCAUUCGACCCCAGGCCAGUACACCCACUUUCCUUCGAGUCUUCGCAAAGAGCAACAUAUCGAUCACCAUAUCGCUGCACUCGUUGAUCUGCUGAAGAGGCCCGAGUCGCAUCUACCCUACUACAACGACGUCCUUCGUGCCGACUUCACCAUGAUCUCCGACGACGACCUGUACCGACUCGCCAUCUUCCUUGGCUCGGUAGCCAUGGUGCUGAUCGUCGUGUACCACUUCUUCGAAGUCAAUUCCCAAGAAGACAGCGCACUCGCAGCGAAGGCAGCGAAAGCCACACCAGUGCAGCAAACCCCUGCUGUAGGGAAGACGUUGGGAGCAACAAGAUAG